AUGAAUAGCUGGUUAAUCGUCAUUCCUCCGCUUUUGACCCUUCGACUUGCGACGUCGAUAGAAGGCAAGUCAAAAGGUCGGUUUCUUGCAAUCUUACAGCGUUUGAUCAAGGCCUCUGAGCUGGAGUUGGAAUCCAUAACAAGUCUUAGUCAAGGAAUCGCCCGAGGAAGUGCUAGAGAUGGCGAUUCCCAGGAAUUUGUGCACAAGGCAUUGCUCUAUGGAGUUCUUUCGAUCCGUAAAAACUCAGCAUCAAGCGCGAUUGCGGCUAAAUGGUAUGAGGCCAUAGCAAUUGCCAAUGAAUCUUCUCUGGAUUCUGAAAUUUGUUCCCCUACAAAACAAUAUGUCGCAAGUCAUGCUGCAUUGCUCUCUGAGUUUGCCAAGUCCUGCCCUGGUGCUUGGCGGACUUGGCUUCUAAUCAUCUUAGUCUUAUUAACAAUCUUCGUGCAAGUCUCCUUGGGUCGUAGAUAUAGCAUAUCAAUCAACCGCCUUGUCACGCGCGACACAUUGUCAGGCCAGAAUCAAGACAAACCUCAGACUUGCAAAAUCCCUCAUGAUAAUGACCCUCAGACCAAUUGGUACACCUGCUUGAACGAAAAAAGACCAGUCAAUCUGAAUGACUGUCAUGUGGCUGCUGAGGCAUUGAUGCUGAAUAAAUGGACUGACGCAGGAUAUGGCACCUGUGGUGUGUUUUUCUGUAAACCAAACAAGGAUGGUUCUAUGGAACGGACUCAUCCAGACAGUUGCGUGACCCUGACACAUAUACAUAACUCGCUCAAUACAUUGCCCGAGACUUGUUGCCCUGAGACGAGACCCCAGCCUGGUACACCAACCUUAGCUGACUUGGGUCCAAGUCCCCAAGGCCUUUACUUCUUCGCCACGGGAUCACUUCUCCGGAACUAUUCCAAAGCGACGAGGCUCGACGAAGCCGACUUCCAGGCCCUGGUCAGAGAGAAUUCACACUCUCAGUGA